ACGAACCCUCAUUAUAUGAACCCGCGUUAUAGGGGGGUUGACUGUAUAUUAACAAGAAACGAUGAAACAUUAAUAUAUAAUUAUAUUUGCAUGCAGUUAUUCAUUCACUUAUAACUCCUAAAAAAUGUUACUGAGAAAAUCAUAUGUGGUCUUAAACUUUUUUCUUGCUCUGUAUAUUUAAUGUGCAUAAUAAACAAUUAGUUUCAUUUUAUAAUAGAAAACAUAAUUUGUUGUAAACAAUUAGUUUGAAGAAUAUUCAUUACUAUAAUCCAUAUUUCUUUAAAAUUGCAGAUAGUACCUUAAAAAAAAAAAAAAAAGGUAAACAUUUUUGAAUUUAAAUUAAAAUCUAAAUUUUUAUAAUGUUAGGUUAUAAGAGAAGGAAAUGAAUGGAAAAUGAUUGGAAAGGCGAAAGAAGAAAUAAUUAAUGAUUGGGAAAAUGCACCACGCUAUGAAAUAGUUUCAUUAAAUGCAAACUCCUAUUACAAAGUUGAAGUUAGAGCUCAUAAUCAAAUAGGUUUUAGUCAAGAUGCUACAAUGAUUUUUCAAACAGCAGCAGAUCCCAGCAAAGGGGCACAAGGCUUCCCAUUCAGCUCUUCGGGUACAUUACGUUGCCUUUCCAAUAUCACUCCUGCUAAAUUAAAUAAUCCUGCAUGUUACUGAGUAGUAAAGAUUUAUUUAAGUCUUUACUAUAUGCACAACCUUGCACAUAUUUUUUUAUUAAUGCUAGGCAUGCUUAUACCAAUUGCAUGUACUAAUUUACUAAUAAUAUAACCCUAAUAACUUUGCAUGUUUAAUUUUCAUCUUUAGUAAUCA